UUUUGAAGUCGUAUUACAAGGGUACAUUACUCACUGCAUGUACACAAGAUGCAAACAAACAAAUAUUUCCAUUGGCAUUUGGUAUUUGUAGUGGGGAAAAUACUGAAAUCUGGUCAUGGUUCUUAAGCAUGUUGAAGCGUUCGUUAACGCAUAGGGAUGAUCUAUAUAUUGUGUCUGAUCGACACGAGGGCAUUAUUAAUGUUGUGCGUUCUAUAUUUCCUCACGCGGAGCAUGGGUAUUGUGUUUACCACAUUCUGGCUAAUUUGAAAACAAGAUUUCGUGGCUCCCAAAAAACCGUGUCAUGGAAGUUUUUGCAAGCUGCUCGUGUAGGAUCUGUGUAUGAGUGUGAAGAGUACCUUCGCAUGCUUGAGAGUGAGGAUGAACGCAUUUGUACGUAUUUAGAGCGGAUGGGUCACGACAAAUGGUCUCGUGCUUAUGCCAGUCGGAAUCGAUACUCAGUUAUGAUGUCAAACAAUGCGGAGUCACUAAAUGCAGUUAAUGCCACGGCCCGAGAAUACCCAAUCCGUAAGUUGAUAGAGUUUAUUAUUGCUAGGAUGCAAAAGUGGUUCUGUGAAAGGCGAGAAACUUCAUCGUCGAACACUUGUCGUUUAUCUACACACUUUGAGUCUGAGCUAGUAGUUUUACAAGCUAUGGCGGCCGUCAUGACAGUGAAACCAUCAUGUGCUUUUGAGUUUGAGGUGUUUGAUAAGAAAUCCCGCUCGUAUGUUGUCAACUUGAAGGAACGUACGUGCACUUGUCGGGAAUUUGAGCUUGAUGGAUUUUUGUGUGUACAUUCCGUUGCUGCCAUUCGCUCUCGACCAGGACCUUCUUGCUACGAUUAUAUAUCAGAAUUCUAUACAGCACAUCAUUGGGCACAAACAUAUUGUGGCAUUAUUCAUCCUAUUGGGAGUCUGGAUGGUUGGAUGGUACCCUCCCAUGUUAGUCAAAUCACUUGCAAGCCCCCAUCAUGCGAAUCACGACCUCGUGGAAGGCCGAAGAAGAGAAGGAUUCCUUCUACCGGAGAACAUGUUCGGAAACAAGCAUGCACUCGUUGUCACAUGGUUGGACACAACCGAAAGACCUGUAGAAAUCCGAUUCCGCUACACAUGCGUUAAAAACCGCUUUUAAUUGCUUUUUUUUUUUAAAU